AUGAAGCUUAAAGAGUUCAAUGCUAAGGUGAAAUCACUUCCAUUCUAUGUCACUUUUGAAGAAGCUUGGGAUAAGCAUGAUCUAGUGGAGUUCUUUUUCACAACUAGUGAAAACAAAGAAGAAGUACACCAACUUUUUCAGAAGGCACGAUUUCCCCUUGCCCCUCAUGCAGUCAAUCAACCACCAUCACCACCAUCAUCACCACCACCCAAUGGUAUGUCAAUUCCAUAUCAAGAGAGAAGCUUGCUGAGUUCAAUCAGUUUGUCCAAACUCUUCCAGCCAGCAUGUCUUCCAAACAAGCUUGGCGCCACUACCCAUUCACCACCUUUCUUCCACAACUGCAGAGAGACACCUCAGGACAUCAAAGAGCUUUUUGAGAAAGCUAAAGUUCAGCCUACCUUCAAGACCCUCUACAAGAUUGAAGACCCAGGUCAAUUCUCUAUUCCCUGUCAAGUAAAUGGUCAUUACUUUGAUAGAACACUAUGCGAUUCUGGCUCUUGCAUAAACCUCAUGCCAACCCAAACCGCCAAACUCCUUGGCAUCACACGCUUGCAACCUGCUCAAAUUAGUAUUGGACUUGCUAACCAUACUAUAGCCAAGCCAAGAGGAGUUGUUGUUGAUGUUCUUCUAGAGAUUGGAGAUAUCAAGAUCCCGGUGGAUUUUCAUGUCAUGAACAUCAAAGGAGGAUGUGACACACCAUUGAUACUAGGCCGACCCUUUUUGGCCACUGCUGGAGCUGUCAUGGACCUUCCAAACAGGCGAAUGUCCUUAGCCAAUGUUGACAAGACAGUCUUUUACAAGACCAUACCAUUCAUCUCACCAAACAAGCUGUCUUACUUCAUCACUGCCCAAGGCCGCCCAAGAGAACCACCAGACCACACUGAUCUUUCGUCUGGAGGUGGUUUCAUGUCAUUCGGACCAGCGGUUCAGAAGAUACGACGAUAUUGGUUGGACUCGACCCACCAGCUCGACCGGCCAGUUUCCAACUCGAUCGAGCUGCUUUUCCAGGAGUCAAAGUCAAACCCGAAAAAUGUUGCUUCCCUUUGA